AUGGACUGUUUGAGACUGGCCAGACCCUCAAUGUUUACCACCAUUGAGCAUGUGGUUAGUGACCCAACACGACCUCCACCUCCACAGUCAGUCGACCUAGACCCCCUGACCUAUAGCCAGCCCUCUAGCCAGGGACAGAGUUUAUCAACUCGGGACUACAAUGAUGACCUGGACGACCUUUUGGAGAUCUUUCAUGGUAUGAUCGGUGAUCUAUCACCACCUACAUCUCCACCACCACCUUCACCUCCGUCGCAUCCAGGGUCCGUCCAAUCAGUCGACCUCGAACCCCUGACCGUCGUGCAGUCGGGUCCACUGUACAACCAGGCAGCGCUCGGUAGGCAGGGACAGCAUAACAGUUAUCUGACAGCACAGCAGAUCCAGACCCUGCCCUUUUGGGGAUACCUGCCAGAUGGACAGACGGUGCACAUGCUUCAUGCACCGACCGCCUCACUGACUGCACCGACCUCCAUGACGACAAAAAAGAGGAAGCGUGUGGAGCUGCAUGACGCUGGGCCCUAUGUGAAGAAGCCACCCAACGCCUUCAUGUUGUUUAUGAGAGAGCAGAGGCCCAAUUACGCGGGCCAAAUGAAGACUAGCGGGAGUGCCGGCAUCAACCGAAUUCUCGGACAGAAGUGGAAGUCUCUGUCCAACGAGGAGCAGGCUAAAUAUUACGAACAGGCGGAUGGUGAGAAGCGCCUCCACGCUCAGCGCCACCCUGGCUGGACCUCCUGCAACAAUUACGGAGUAAAGCGAAAGAGAGACCGGAGCACGGCCGGCAAACUGUCCGCCAAACUGGCCAAAGUUUGUAGUGCAGCUUCUGCAUCGGGAGAGGUCCCCCCGCCGGCCAGGACGCUGUGUCCUCUCUGUGUCGCUGUGUCCUUGUCACAUGUCUCAUUUUAAGAAUAUCAUAGUUGUUGUGUUGCAUCACUUUUGUCACCGCAUGUUUGGCAGAAGUAGAUUAUCGUGUAAAUAAAAUAAAUCAUUCAAAUGUU